AUGAGUUCCAAUUUUGAGUUUUUGAAGACCCUUCCUUUUGCUGACAGGCAGUACGAGACUACUCCAAAGAUAACGGACAGCUGCAUCUUCAAUUUGGCCAAAGAUGGUAGGACAGUGACUCUUUUCCCAGCAUACUCAUCCCAUGAAGUACCACCAGCACUUUUUGCAAUUCUUCACGAGGAAUUCAAUUAUGUCAUAGAGGAGGGCCAGACGUAUCCUCACUACUUGCCCAUGAGCCCUGAGGAGUUCGAGGCUUAUCUUUUCGAGGGAAUGGCAGCCAUUUUGAUCAACGGUGAGUUUAACAAGGACGACUUUGAUCAACCAAAGUCAUUCUGGGAAGAGAAGUACCUCGGUCAUUUCUACAUAAAGCCAAAUUACAUUGGAAGGUGCUCCCAUGUUUGCAAUGCAGGCUUCAUCGUGAACCAUUCCGUGAGAGGUCUUGGUUUGGGGAAGGAGAUGGCAAGGAAGUUUUUGGACUGGGCGCCUCGUCUCGGUUAUGUCUACUCCGUUUUCAAUCUCGUUUUCGAGACCAACAUUGCAAGCAAAAAGAUUUGGGACUCAUUGGGCUUCGAACAGAUAGGCUACAUCAAGAAUGUCGCUGUUCUCAAGGGCCACGACAGAUUGGUUGGUGCAUACAUGUAUGGCAGGGACCUCAUAUAG